CGCAAAAUCUUUGUGCAGUCAAAAAGCACUACAUUUGUUCGGCGGCUUCAAACAGAUCUCUCGUCACUAGUAUACACAGUCCGACAUGUUCAAGAAGUUCAGCUUCACAGAAAACAUUGCCGGUCAAACGCAGCUCAAGUCAUCGGUCCAGCGAGGAAUUAGAGGCAAGAUCAUAGAACAAUACCCUUCUCUAGAGCCUAUUCUAGAUGACCUUAUGCCAAAGAAGACCCCCAUUGUCCUUGUUAAAGGACACGAGCAUCUCUCUUUCUUGUCGGUGAACAACCAAGUUUUGUUUUUUCAACAUUUUGAUGGCCCAUAUUAUCCAACUUUAAAACUUUUGCACAAAUAUCCCGAGCUAUUGCCAAAGAUUCAAGUUGAUCGAGGAGCUAUCAAGUUCGUAUUGUCUGGGGCAAACAUCAUGUGCCCUGGUUUGACUUCAAAAGGAGCUAGAAUGGAGGUUGAUUUACCAAAUGAUGCGGUAGUGUCGAUCAUGGCAGAGGGAAAGGAGCACGCAUUGGCUAUCGGUCAGCUCAAAAUGAGCACAGAAGAGAUCCGUAAAAUCAACAAAGGCAUUGGUUGUGAUAACAUUCACCACUUGAACGAUUCGCUGUGGAAGGAGUUGUCUUAGACAGUAGACGACAUGUCCUUGUCAUAUAGACGGUAAAGGAAGGAAAGAACAUUAAGGCGUUAGGAAUAGUAGAUAAGAUUUACUCUUUAGCAGAGUAUAUGUACAUCCUAACAUGUUGAAUCCCAUAUUACACUGAUAUAUAAAUAUGUGCAUUUAUUUUUUGGAUUGAGAGGAUAAUGAUGCAAGGCGAGAGGU